CCAAAAACAUAUCAUGAGAAAACCAAACAUCCCCUUCUUCUCUCUACCAUAAUAAUGUUUCUUCAACCGUCCCCCAACUCCAUCUUCAUUCUUCCUCCAUAACCUCCCAUCUCUUUCUCUUAAAGUUCUCAAUUGCUCUGUUUUCUUUAUGGGAGAGAUGAAAUUGAAUAGAAAGAUUCAUUCAUCGCCUAUUUCCAAUGGUGGUAAUAAUUCAUCAGCUUCCCGUCUAUCUCCAAUUUCCUGGUUUUCCAAAUUCAUGCAGUCAUCCAAACCCAACUCGGAGAAGAACAAGAAGAAGAAGAAGAAUUCAGUACCAGACAGUUGGGAUGGAGGUAGGUUUUACUGUGGAGAAGACGAUCCAUACUUUAGAAUUUCCUUUGGAGGAGGAAAACCAAGGCACAAGUCCGUUUGGUUUGAUCCUUCAGAUGAAAGAGGGGAAUUCAAUGAUAUGGUUUCCGAUGUAAGAAGAAGGAGAGUGAUCUCAUCCCAGAACUCGAAGAAGAUUCUUUCAGAGGAGAAACAGAGAAGUUAUUUUGAAUUAAAUUGUGAAGAAAUGGAACCACCCAAGAGAGGUAGCCACAACAUUGAACAAGACUGCAGAAAUCUAACCGAAUUAAAACGUGUAUCAAGGAGAAAACCGAAAGUUGGAGGGAAAGUUCGAGUUUAUUCUCCAAGAACAGAGUGCAAGAUCAAACCACUAGAGGACUUGAAGAAGAAAAAGAAGAAGAAGAAGGUUAGAAAAGAGAUAAGAACUUUCAACAGAUUUGCAGUUGUUAAGACAUCCUAUGACCCACAUGGAGAUUUCAGAGAUUCGAUGAUGGAAAUGAUUGAGGAACAAGGAAUCGAAAAACCAGAUGAACUUGAAGAACUAUUGGCAUGCUAUCUUACCUUGAAUUCAGAUGAUUACCAUGAUCUUAUUAUUAAAGUCUUUCGUCAAGUAUGGAUUCAAAUGAAUCUUUGAUCUCUUCCUCCUCCUCCUUAGAUACUGUUGUUGAUGAGACUGAGAUAGUUAUAAAUCUUUUCAAUUUCUGAAAUUAAUACAUAAAAAUAUCCAAC